AGGCGGGCAGCGGUGGAGGCAGGAGGAGCUGGAGCUGGAGCAGGAAGAAAAGGAGCUGGAGCAGGAGCUGCAGCUGCGGGCCGGGAAGCAACGUCCUGGGUCCGGGGAGCACAGAGGAGCUGGAAACUUUCCCAGCGGUAGCUGCAGCAGAAGGGUGAAAAAUGUUGAAGGCCGUAUUGAAAAAGAGCAGAGAAGGAGGAAAAGGAAGCAAAAAAGAGACAGGAGGGGACUUCUGUUCAGAGAAUGCAUCCCAGGUUGUCACUACACCUGGCCACGCUGCAGAGUUUUCCAUUGGUCACCUUCCUGUGGCGGAAGACCCAUACAGAGCAAGCUUGGCUAAAGGAGUCUCUAUGUCUCUGCCUUCAUCACCUUUGCUGCCACGCCAGUCCUAUCUGAUGCCAUCAAGAUCAAGCAAAAAAUCCCCAGGUCCAAUCAGGAAGCCCAAGUACGUGGAAAGCCCCAGAAUACCAGGAGAUGCAGUUAUAAUACCAUUGAGAAAAGUGUCAGAGGCAACAGAGCCCAGUCAGAAUGAGGCAAAGCCGGACCCUGACUCGAGCUGUUCGCCUGCAGCCCAAGAGUUGUUGACAAGGCUGGGAUUUUUACUGGGAGAAGGGAUUCCGAACCCUGCACACAUAGCCAGAGAAGAAAAGAAUGAAACCAUGUGCACAGCCGCCAGCCAAGGAAUCAGCCCUUGCUCUACCCUAACAAGCAGCACCACAUCGCCUAGCACUGAUAGUCCCUGUUCAACCCUGAAUAGCUGUAUCAGCAAAACGGCUGCCAGCAAAAGUCCCUGUGGGACCAUUAGCAGCCCAAGCUCCACGCUGGAAAGCAAGGACAGUGGAAUUAUAGCCACGAUCACGAGUUCAUCGGAGAACGAUGACCGAAGUGGCUCCAGUUUGGAAUGGAGUAAAGAUGGAGGUCUGAGAGCUGGGCCUGCCCCGGGACUUCUCCAUGACCGCAGGGUGGAUAAUUGCUCACCUGUCGCCGAAGAGGAGGCACCUGGGCCUGUGGAGAGUUUGCCAAAAAUGGAAGCGGCUGUUGGAGAAGGCCCCAUCCCUUAUACCCAGAGUUCUGGCUCCCUAAUUUUGCCUCGGCCUAAUUCCGUCGCAGCAACAAGCUCCACCAAGUUAGAAGAUCUGAGCUAUUUAGACGGACAGAGAAAUACCCCAUUGCGAACCUCGAUUCGACUGCCAUGGCACAAUACUGCUGGAGGUAAAGUACAACAAGAAAUUAAAGCACGCUUUGUCCCUUACAAGCCACAAGACAUUCUGCUGAAGCCGUUGUUGUUUGAAGUGCCAAGCAUAACGACAGAUUCUGUGUUUGUUGGAAGAGAGUGGCUCUUUCAGAAGAUAGAAGAAAACUUAAAGAAUUCUGAGCUGGUGGAAAGCAGGGGUGCAGUCAUCGUUGGAAAUGUAGGAUUUGGGAAGACAGCAAUCAUUUCUAAACUGGUGGCACUAAGUUGCCAUGGAAGUCGCAUGAGACAGAUUGCUUCCAGCAGCCCCAGUUCAAUCCCCAAAAGUUCUGACUCCUGCCAGGACAUCCCGUUUACCCCAUUGUUUUCACCAAGUUCUUCCAGCAGUGGCACAAACGCAGUUAAAGCUCUGAGUGGUCCAACUACUCCCGAGCAUCAGAGGGCCCCGGAGGAAGCGGUGAAACACCUCGCAUCAAAGGUUGUAGCCUAUCACUAUUGCCAAGCUGACAACACCUACACAUGUCUCGUCCCGGAGUUUGUGCACAGCAUUGCCGCCUUACUCUGUCGGUCCCACCAGCUAACGGCAUACAGAGACCUCCUGAUAAAGGAACCACAUCUUCAGAGCAUGCUCAGCCUUAGGUCAUGCGUUCAGGACCCAACAGCAGCUUUUAGGCGUGGCGUAUUGGAGCCCCUUGCAAAUCUAAGAAAUGAGCAGAAAAUUCCCGAGGAAGAAUACAUUAUUUUGAUAGAUGGCUUAAAUGAGGCUGAAUUUCAUAAGCCUGAUUAUGGAGACACACUUUCUUCAUUUAUUACCAAAAUUAUUUCUAAAUUUCCUGCCUGGUUGAAGUUGAUUGUGACCGUAAGAGCGAAUUUCCAGGAAAUAAUAGAUGCAUUGCCCUUCUCCAGAAUUUCUCUAGAUGACUUUCCAGAUAAUAAGGAGAUCUACAACGAUCUGAAUGCGUAUAUUCAGUACAGGGUCAAUAGCAGCCAGGAAAUCGUCAGCAACAUCUCUCUCAACGGAAAAGCAGACGCGAUUGUAAUCGGGAAAGUGAGCAACCACCUCAUCAUGAGGAGCCUAGGCUCCUACCUCUAUUUGAAGCUGACGUUGGAUCUUUUCCAAAGGGGGCAUCUGGUGAUAAAAAGCGCGAGCUACAAAGUGGUGCCGGUGUCUCUGUCGGAGCUGUACUUGCUGCAGUGCAAUAUGAAGUUCAUGACCAAUUCGGCCUUUGAGCGAGCACUUCCCAUACUCAACGUGGCUCUGGCCUCUCUACACCCGAUGACGGAUGAGCAGAUUUUCCAGGCAAUCAAUGCCGGCCACAUCCACGGGGAGCAAGAGUGGGAAGACUUUCACCAGAGGAUGGAAGCCCUUUCCUGUUUCCUAAUUAAAAGAAGGGACAAAACCCGCAUGUUCUCCCACCCCUCUUUCCGGGAAUGGCUUGUUUGGAGAGCUGAUGGGGAGAACACUGACUUCCUGUGUGAACCCAGGAAUGGGCAUGCACUUUUGGCAUUUAUGUUCUCGCGCCAAGAAGGAAAGUUGAACCGUCAGCAGACCAUGGAACUUGGGCACCACAUUUUAAAGGCCCACAUUUUUAAGGGUUUUAGUAAAAAAACUGGAAUUUCUUCAAGUCACCUUCAAGCACUGUGGAUUGGGUAUAGCACCGAUGGAUUGUCUGCUGCCCUUGCUUCUUUAAGAAACCUUUACACCCCCAAUGUGAAGGUGAGCCGUCUCCUGAUCCUGGGGGGAGCCAACGUGAAUUACCGGACGGAAGUGCUGAGCAACGCCCCAGUGCUGGGUGUCCAGGCCCACCUGGGCCACGAAGAAAUGGUUACUCUCUUGUUGGAAUUUGGAGCCCGCCUAGACGGGGUCUCCGAGAAUGGCAUGACUCCACUCUCCUAUGCAGCAGCUGCAGGGCACAUGAGCAUCGUCUCUCUGCUUUGUAAAAGGGGUGCUCAGGCCGAUCAUCUGGACAAGAAGGGCCAGUGUGCAUUAGUACACAGCGCUUUACGGGGACACUGUGACAUCUUGGAGUACUUACUAAACUGCGAUUGGGUAGCAAGUCCACAUCAAUCAAACGCGAUAAGAAAAAGCCAGGCUCUUCAACAGGCAUUGACGGCAGCUUCCAGCAUGGGACACAGCCAGGUGGUCCAGAACCUGCUGGGAGUGGAAAGGGAACAUGAAAUAGAAGUGAACAGCACAGACACAUUGUGGGGCGAAACAGCCCUGACGGCCGCCGCGGGACGAGGGAAGCUGGCAGUGUGCGAGCUGCUGCUGGAGCACGGAGCGGCGGUGGCCCAGACCAACAAAAGGGGUGUCCUCCCCCUGUUCUGCGCCGUGCGGCAGGGUCAUUGGCAGAUUGCCAGGCUUCUGUUGGAACAUGGCUGUGAUGUGAACCUAAGUGACAAGCAGGGCAGGACUCCACUUCUGGUGGCUUCUUGCGAAGGACACUUGGACACUGUGGAGUUCCUGCUUUUGAAAGGGGCAGCUAUUUCUUCCUUGGAUAAAGAAGGGCUGUCGGCUCUGAGCUGGGCCUGUCUGAAAGGCCACCGGGGAGUCGUCCAGUAUCUGGUGGAGAAAGGGGCCUCGAUAGACCAGAUGGACAAGAACGGACGAACCCCCUUGGACUUGGCAGCAUUCUACGGGGAUGCUGACAUUGUGUUGUACCUUGUGGAGAAGGGUGCUGUCAUUGAGCACGUGGACCAUAGUGGCAUGCGCCCCCUGGACAGAGCCAUUGGAUGCAGAAACACUUCAGUGGUGGUCACCCUCCUACGGAAAGGAGCCAAGUUAGGAAAUGCAGCCUGGGCGAUGGCCACAUCCAAACCUGAUAUUUUGAUUAUACUUUUACAGAAGUUAAUGGAGGAAGGAAAUGUGAUGUACAAAAAAGGGAAGAUGAAAGAAGCAGCCCAGAGGUACCAGUAUGCCUUAAGGAAAUUUCCUCGGGAAGGCUUUGGAGAAGACAUGAGAGCUUUCAACGAGCUGCGCGUUUCUCUCUAUCUCAAUCUGUCACGAUGCCGCAGGAAAACAAAUGAUUUUGGCAUGGCUGAAGAAUUUGCUUCCAAGGCACUUGAACUGAAACCGAAAUCCUACGAAGCCUAUUAUGCCAGAGCAAGAGCUAAGAGAAACAGCAGGCAGUUUGUGGCAGCGCUGUCUGAUUUGCGGGAGGCUGUGAAGCUGUGUCCCACCAACCAAGAAAUCAAGAGGCUCUUGGCUCGGGUGGAAGAAGAAUGCAAACAGCUCCAGCGGGCCCAGCAGCAGAAACAGCAGUGCCCUCCACCAGUCCUCCCGAACGACUCGGAUAACGAAGAGGAGGCUGUGGACCCGGCAGUGAACGAGCACUUUGACCCUGAAGAGGCCGAAGAGGAAGAAGAGACGUCCCAGCGAGAGGACCCGUACCUGCUGUCCCCCAGGCCUCAGCACGGUCCAGCCCCCUCCCCGUUCGGCAGAGCCCCCCAGGAGGGAUCUCAGCAGAAGGCAAGGCCCGCGUCUCCCCAGAAGAGGUCCGGGAACAAGUACGCCAGGGAGCCGGUUACUCAGUCAGGCUUGGUCGUGCAGCCUACCAAGCAGGCCCAGAUAGUGAAAACCAACCAGCACCUGACGACCGGUCAGACCGGCGUAAGGAGUGGAACGGGGCCUGUGGGCACAAAGAUCCCGGGCCCUUCGCAGAUUCUUCCGCCCAGUUCCUUGCCGGGCCGAUCCCCUGCAGCUCUGGCUAACUGUAGAAGCCAACGUCUGGAGGGGACGAGCACUCUGGCCGUAGGCUCCAGCGCCAGCCUGUACAGUGACCGGCAGACCCCCGGCCAGAACGCUCACCUGCAGCGUGGCGACACUGGGUCCACGCAUCCUUUCCCAAACAACGGUAAGAACCCCGAGAGGUUGAAGGUCCACGUUCCCUUGGCCGUGGGUGUCACCCCUUCGAGCCAAGGGCUUCCCGGGAACUGCAGUGAAGCGAGGCAUCCGGGAUCCUUGGCCAGUCCCUUCCCUUCCGGUCCUCCGGCCGGCAGCCUGAAGACGUCCAGCUCGACCAAUAGCUUAGCUUCGAACAGCGGCUUUUCGGAUGUCGUCAAGGCCCCCGGGCCCGAUGCUCGAAUCAAAGAUAAGGCGACUAAUCAGGCUCAGGGAGGAACGGCGGAACACAGACCCCGCAACACCCCAUUCAUGGGCAUCACAGACAAGACGGCGAGGUUCCAACAGCAGGGCAACCCGCCAAGCCGCGGCUGGCCCGGCCCGGGGACAGAGGGCCUACUGAUAAACACUUCUUCUGCAGCUGGUCUGCAGCCCUCAAACUGUGAACAGUUCUCUGUCAAACAGGCAGGUGGCUACAGUGGCCAAGCUAAAACCUCCGCUCCCGCUCUCGGGGGGAGCGUCCACAAUGGGACCCAGUCCAAAGAACUGGAGGAGAACAAAUGCCAAAAGCCAGGCCAUUGUCCCGACAGCAGGACGUCUAAAACUGUAUCUCAUGUGUAUCCGGAGAAUAUCUCUAAAGCACAGUCUCACGUUGGUAAGGAAGCCCAUCUGAGUCACAUCACUUCUACAAAGCCAAAGCGAUCUUUCAUAGAAUCAAAUGUCUGAGUCACACCGUGCAUUGGGAAAAACCAUUUCUUAAAACUUAGAAAAGUCACUUAUUGGUUCGUGCUGUUACUUAGGGGGACAAUCUGUUGUAAAUUGGGGAUUUCUUUUUGACAGGGAAUAUGUCCGUCACCCAGUGAUAGUGUGAAAAUAUGGGACAAAACCACUUUAUUAAGAAGCUAGACGAUCAUCAAGAGUAGGAAUGUUAACUGGAAUGUCACAUUCGUAGUUAUAAAGGGUUGCUCUGCAGACAGAUGUGGUAAGCAGUAUUGUAACUUCACAAAGUGGGUGGUUUCAAAAGAGAUUCUUUCUCUUGACAUCUCUUUUCAGUGGGAGGUCUCUGUUCAUAACUCUCUGAGGUAAGCAUUUUCUCCUGGCCUUCUGAUAUAGUAUAAAUCAGUUUUUGGAUAAGAAACAUACCUGUUUCUCCCUGUCAGUGUUGGAUUCCUAGAAGUGGAAUGAACACUAUAUAACAUUCAGGUCUGUAGCUUGCUUCCUGAAAAGAUAGUGUACUCUGUAUUUUCAGUACCAUUUACAGGUUAAUUUGGGAUUGAUUUUGACUCUGAGGGUCUCUUUGAGAAUCCCAAGUCCCUUCAAGCUGAAUUCAUCCUAAGCAGCCAUGUUUGGUUUAGACAUGUAAAUAUAACUUUACUUUUGAGUAGUUACUCUUUAAAAAAAACAAAAAACCAAAAACAAAACAAAAAAACAAAAAACAAGUAAAUCCCAUUAAAUUGCAGCCAUAGAAUUGCAUGCAUUUUUAUAAAGCUUCAAAAUGCUGGUUAUUGCACUGAAUAAUAUAUUAUUAUUGGCAUGUUUAAUAGUAUACCAGUAACCGCACUUUACAUAGUUUAUAUAAACACCUUUGAGGUGCUACUUUAGUCCAAAAUAAUGUUAUUGUUCAUCCAUGGAGAUAAGGUACAGGAAUGAAAUUCUUUCCUUUAUGGCGUUUUUAUAUAAAACAUGUUAUAUGUUGAGGAUGUUAAGAUGACAGUUUGAGGGAGAGGUGUAUGUGCAUUUGUUUUAUAUAGGAUGGGGGAUAUGAAAUUUAUUUUCCAGAGUUUGGGAGAAGAAAGUUCUAUAUUUGCAAGAGUGUUUUCAAAAUGAAUAGUUGUAGUGAAAUUCCUGUGAGCCUAAUUAAGGUUUGUUUUGUACAAGUUGGAAUAUUCGGGUGUUAUUCUUCAGCAUCUGUUCCUGUGUGCAUACAGCGUAUACUUUGUAAAAACAGCCUUAUCCAUUUUUAUAAGCUCUGUUGAGUCUGCGUAUGAUUACUCUUGCUUAUUUAUUGUUUACUGUUUUCUUCGGUAUUUGUACAAGUCUUAUUCUUUUGUUCUGUAGUUCUGUUUUGGCACAGCUACUGUACUUUCCAUAUGGAAUAAAGACUAUUAAUGUAA